GGUAGUGCUGUAAAACUCGAAUGUUAUGAGUGUUGAAAAAAUUGUUCUGUUCACAACCUCUACUAGUCUUAAAAACGAGACAAACAACUUUAAAAAAUAAUAAUAAAUUCACAAAUAAUGUCACUUGUUGCUUAUGCUGCCAGUAGCGAUGAAGAGUCCGACAAUGAGGAGGAAACCCCGGCCCCCCAAGUGGAAGUAAUGAAGCCCCAGAGCACGCUUGCGACAAGUGGGCAUAUUAGCGACGACGAAGAUGACGACUUUGUUCCCCAAGAAGUCUCUUUGGAAGAGCUGAACCCACCUCAGGGACGACUGACGCUGUCAUUGCCCAAACCGAAGGUGUCUGCGAGCCAGGGGAUCGACGUGGAGGAGCAGGUGGCACCCGCAUUUGCUCAGCUCCCGAUGCCACGCACAAAGCCCGCUGUCAAGAAUAUUAUUGAGGAAAAGGACGACGAGUUCCUGCACAAGAAAGCGAUUCCUGUUGAAGUUGAGAAACCGCCUCCACCACCUGUUAAACAACGCGUCAAAAUCAGCAUUCCGUCCUUGCGGGAGUUCUCUGAUGUUGAUAAAGAAAAGGCUGAAAAGGCCAAGAGGGAGGGAAAACCUACGGUGCCAAAAGGAUCGGGGCUGCUGAGUAUGCUGCCUCAAGCCAAGUCUGAACGGAACUUCGCAAAGAGCUCUUCCAUGGAAUCAACUGCUUCAUCGGCACCUUCCCAGCCACCAAAUAAUCCAGACAAACCUAGAGCCACACCGGCCUUUGUCCCGGAUACUGUGAAACAACGAAGAGCGGCACAUAAUACCGAAGGCGUAGACGGGUUAAAGUCGGUGCAGAAGAAAAAUGCCGAGGGGAGGGAUACUGCCAAACCUGCUCAGCAGAAGCUUGUGAAGCCCCUGGUAAAUGCCAGCGAUAGCGAGGAGGACGAGGACGACGGAAAUGGUGACUUCUUCUCGUUGAACAGCGAACAAAACCUGCCUGAAGUAAGCAGCAACGAAAUCAGUGCCUUGGUGGCCAAAAGGGCGGCUAAGAUGAUGGAAGCCAGUACUAAGUACCUGGAGGAAAUUGCAGAAAAGGAAGCUGCCGAGGCCGAGGAAGCCCGCAUGCAGGAGGAGCAGCAACAGCAAGCGCAAAAGCGCUACCAUGAGCAGCAAUUGAACGCCGAGGCCAUGGAUGCAUUAGUCGGCAAGAACGCCAAGAGACGACGGAAGGAGGCCAAGGAGAUGCAGGUUAUCGACAUAUCCGGAACCCAGGUCAUGCCCGACAGAGACGAAUGGAUGAGAACUGCCUUGGCAUCUUCGACGACAUACCAGCCCACCGGCGUUUUGACAGACGAAGAGCCGGUGGCAGGCACGCGAAGGAAGCACCAGAUCACGUACCUGGCGCACAAGGCCAAGGCGAACGAGGCCGAGCUGCAGGCCAUGUGGUCGGCCAACCGGCAAACCCGCCGCGCCACCCAGAGCAAAUACGGGUUUUGAGUUUCAUAUUCAUGUAGUCCUAAUCUUACAAUAUAUUUCUACUUUUAAACUAA